CUUAUUUGAAAUAACAAUUAGAAAAUUUGUAAAAAAGUGUGUGAAGAACCUUGUUCAAAGAGUUCCAGAAACCUUUCAUUUAAUUUGUUUAUCUUAAAAUAGCAAAUAUGUUAGUAGAUAUUCAGAUUGAAUUUUAUUAGAAGAAGUAAGGCAGUAGAUAAAGAAUUUAGAUAAUUUAAUUUUAAGAUGAUUUUUAUGAGUAAUCAAUUUGAAAAGUGCAUUUAAUCAGAGGACUCUGAUAAAUGUGUAGAAUCAGCCAAAGCAGAUGUCAAGAGAGAUAUAUAAAUGAAUUCCAAAAAAAUAUUAAUUGAUAAAAUUAUAUAUUUAAUGAAUUUAAAUGAUUCUCAAAUAGUAGAAUAUCAAUAAAUACAAAACAAAUAUCAAAGAAAGGUUCUUAAAUACUGUUGGUCCUCUUAAUCCAAUAGAGAGCAAUUUAUUGAAUGCAUGCUCAAAAAAAAUGAGCUAUUUAAUAUCUAGUAAGAAUUAUUUCAUCAUAAAUUACGCUUUGUGCUUGAUUAGACCAACAAUUAAUGUCUCAAAAGUAUCAAAAGCAAAUUCGAUGAAUAGAUGUGUCUUCAAAAUGCCAGAGAUUAGAUUACCAUUUUUUAGGAAUAAUUUGAACAUACUCUAUAGAAAGAAUUAUUGUGA